AUGUCUUCCAGAUACGCAGCUGCGCGACCGAAACGUGCUGGUGAAGAAUUUGCUCGUUCACAUCGGAAUGAAGAUGAGGAUGGCCCUUCAAAGAAACCAAAAUUCGAUCUCAGAAACCCAUCCGCUUUGGUAGCUGACGAACCGGAGGAAGAUGCAGUUCUGGAUGCAGAUGUUAUCGGAAGCCGAGGAACUGGUACCAAAAGAGGAGCGGUUAAUAUCGAUGGUUACGAUUCGGAUUCUGAUAAUGAGGGUUUCGACGCGCGUGCAGACGAAAGAGCCAAAGGAAAGAAGGGCGAGGUAAACCUGGCAGAAGCGCUAGAUGGAUAUAGCAAGGAGAAACCUGGUGCGACAAAUGGGAAGACGGAUAUGGAGGAAGAUGCGGACAUGUUUGCAGACUUGGAGGAUGAAUUUGCGGACGGCGAUGAGGACGAGAGUGAACUGAAGGCUCGCAAAAAAGGGAAAGAAGUACGAUUCUUGAAGGAAGAUGAGAUCGAAGGUCAAGUCUUAGGCAGCAAGAGUGGAGGUCAUGUAUCUGGGAACUUUGCAUUGGACCCAAAAGGAAAGUUAUCAACGCAUGCGAUGGACGACCAAGAGAGCAGCGAUGACGAAGAAGAUGCCGUGUUGGCCGCGCAAGAAGAAGAUGUGGACGAGGAGGUUGGCGCCGGCGGAUUGAAGAGGAAUGCCCCUAAGGUCGAUGCCUUCAAUAUGAAGGCUGAACAGGAAGAAGGCAAAUUUGAUGCGAACGGCAAUUUUGUGCGAAAUGCAGCGGAUCGAGACGCAGUGCACGACACUUGGCUGGAAGGAAUCAGUAAGAAGGAUAUGAAGAAAGCCGCAGAAGCACACGAGAAAAGGGAGGAGGAACGGCGGCAAAAAAGGCUCGAGGAUGAUGCCAUGUUACUCUCAGAUAUCUUACGAACAUUAAUAUUACGACUGGAUAAAGCCGAGACAGUUCUCGAGGCGCUCGCAAGGCUUGGAAAGAGCCAGGUAAAGACGAAGAAAAUACCGAAAUGGAAAUUAAAGAAGCAAACCCAAAAGGAUGAUUCUAUGGAUGUGGAUGCUGAGAAGAUUGAAGACCCAGAACAGAUCAGGAUACGAGAUGCCAUAAAUGCUAUUACAGGCGCUGCUGAUCAAUUGCUCAUAAGAGGUCAAACGGACGUUUAUGAGCAGGAGAGAGAGAUGCUUAUACGACAAUAUCGGAGAGAGACGGGCGAAGACUGGGAAGAGCCACCUGAAGAAGUGGCUGUGAACGAAGAGAAUGGCCCCGCGCCCACCAAAAUGUGGGAAUAUAGAUGGACAGAUGGUCGGGACGGGGCUGCCAAACAAGGUCCUUUUGAUGGCCCGACUAUGGUAGCAUGGCAAGAUGCGGGCUACUUUGGAGAGGGAGUCGAGUUUAAACGAGUAGGGCAGGAGGGUAAUUGGAGUAGAGUUGCGGAUUUUGUAUGA